GCGGAAGUAGCGCAACAAAAACACUGCGAGGUUGCAGCAUCACACCGAGAAGAUGUCUCAUGUCGUAAAGAAAAGAAAAUUGGAUAAAACCCGACAGGACAGGCUGUACUUUGACAGCUAUACCGAUGUGACUAUCCACGAGGAAAUGAUAGCGGACCACGUCCGAACUAACACGUACCGGAUGGCGAUACUAAGGAACAGUGAGUCCAUACGUGGUAAAGUUGUACUGGACGUCGGGGCAGGAACCGGCGUUUUAAGCAUGUUCUGUGUACAAGCCGGUGCUAAGAAAGUGUACGCAGUCGAAGCCUGUUCUAUCGCCGAGCAGGCUGUGAAGAUAGUGAAACAGAACAAUAUGGAGGACAAAAUUGAAGUCAUUCGAGGCACAGUGGAGACAGUGGACCUACCGGAGAUGGUGGAAGUGAUAGUGAGCGAGUGGAUGGGUUAUGCCCUCUUGCACGAGUCCAUGCUCAACUCGGUCCUCUACGCGCGCGACAAGUGGUUAAAGCCCGGUGGCAUCAUCCUUCCCAGCAAAGCCGAGCUCUACAUCGCACCCAUCUGCGACCCGGUGGUGGAGGACCGCUUACAUUUCUGGUACACCGUCAAGGACCAGUACGGCGUCGACAUGUCUUGCAUGUCCGACUUCGCCAGGAGAUGUAUCAUGAACUCCGACAUCACUGUGAACUCGGUGACCGUCGAGGACGUGCUCUCCCACCCGGCGCGCUUCGCCGAGCUCGACUUGUACUCGGUCACCGUGGAGGAGCUGCGGUCGGUGAAGGGCAAGUUCAGGUGCGAGUCGUUCGGCUCGGCGGCGGUGAACGCUCUCUGUGUUUACUUCACGGUGACUUUCCCCUGCCCGGACAAGCCGCAGGCGCUUGUGCUCUCCACGUCUCCGUUCAAACCGGAGACGCACUGGAAGCAGGCGGUGCUGUACCUGGACACUCCGGUGGAUGUGGUGCAAGACACGGUGGUCACCGGAGAGGUCAGCAUGUAUCCCUCGGAGGAAAGCGCCAGACAUAUAUGUAUCCAUGUGGACUACAUCAUAGGAGAAGAGGAGAAAAGGCAGUCUAAGACUUUUUCCAUCCCUGACUGGAGCAGUGAGGCCCAGCAGUAGUGUGACAUCAACAUUUAGUGUUACAGUUCAGGCCAGGCAACACAUUACAAGUUAUUUUUAUUAUUGUCCCAAAGCCAGAAGUGGAACCACGACUGUAGUGGUAAAUGAUCCAUAUCCAACCACUGUAAGAUCACAUUUGGGUCUCACUUUGGCAAAUGCAUGAAGGGAGUGCAUCUGACAUUGUACACAUGAAAGAGUUAGGUUUUGGCCCAUCUCUCCAAGCUAUAUUCACAAAAUAUCGAGUGCAGUUUUUUCAGUAGACAAAAACACCCAGUGGCUCCUACAAUCAAUGUGAACUACAGUUCUUCAUUUGGAAGUUGUUUAUGAUGUGUUUGCGCUUGUUUUCACACCUAAUAAACCAUCUGACACCUACUUCGGAAGAGGAAAAAAUGCA